UUCAAAACGUGUUGCACACCUUGUGUUGGAAGGACAAUUGGGAAGGACAAUUUUUCAACCACUGGGAACGUUUAUUUGAGCUGCUGCUUUUGGCGUUUGCGCCUUGUCUCUGAAAUUAUGAAUUCUGCACGGGCUCUGGUGAAAACAAGCAAGCAUGUGAGCCAGCAUGCCAGGACUUUCACGUCUCUGGAAAGGAUAAAGGAACUACAGCGACUGUUUUCCAAAGACGAUGGUGUUCCUGUCCACCUGAAGAGGGGUGUAUCUGAUCGUGUGUUAUUCCAGGGCACUAUGGGCUUGUGCGUCAUCUCUUUAGGUUUCUGUUUCAACAGCCUCUUCCAUUUCAUGUUCCCCAAGAAAAAGGCCAAUUAGAGUAGCCUUUCAAGAAUGGUAGUGUGUACCAUAGAAGAAUAAAGUCUAUCUGAAUACCGCCCUA